AAAAUAAUUAUGUUUGUAUGAGCAAAAUUGAGACAAUGAGUUUUUUCUCUUUCUCUGGUGUGUAUGUCUUCCUGAAUAUGUCGGUCUUCCUGUGGUGCAGUACUUGUAGACAGCAGACAACACAAUGGGGAAUAAAAUGGCGUCUAUGGUUUAUUCUGUGUUUAGUAAAAACAGCAAUUUAGUUCCUAUUCCUAGUGUCGAACAGAUAUCUCCACGUGUUGUGAGAAUCCUAGGAUGCAAUCCAAGCCCUAUGACUCUACAGGGYACUAAUACGUACUUGGUUGGGACAGGAAAGAGACGAAUUUUGAUUGACACUGGCAAUGGUAGCAUUCCCGAAUACAUCAGCAAUCUCAAAGAAACAUUAACAUCCCAUAAUACAAGCAUUCAAGAAAUCUUGGUCACGCACUGGCAUCCUGACCAUGUUGGUGGAAUAGCUGAUGUCUUAGCUAUGCAUACAGGUGAUCCAAUAAAUGUAUCCAAGUUAAUACGACCAAACCACACAGAGACUAUUCCCAGUCUCUCUCAGGGAUACCACUUCAUAAACCACAAUGACAUCAUCAYAACAGAAGGUGCAACAUUACGUGCUAUUCACACGCCAGGACACACAACAGAUCACAUGGUUCUCUACUUGGAGGAGGAAAAUGCUGUGUUCUCAGGAGAUUGCAUCUUGGGACAGGGGACUGCUGUUUUUGAGGAUCUCCAUGACUACAUGAUGUCUCUUAAUGUUUUGCUUGGUUUAUCGCCUGGUGUCAUUUACCCUGGUCAUGGACCUAUCAUACACAAUGCUGUUGACAAAAUCAAUGAAUAUAUUGAACACAGGAAUCUCAGAGAAUCUCAGAUAAUGGAAGAACUGCAGAAAAAUCAAGAURAACCAAUGACUGCCAUGGAGAUAGUCAAGAAAGUUUACACAGAAACUCCAUGGCAUCUGCUCAAAGCUGCAGAAAGCAAUGUCAACCAUCAUUUAACCAAAUUAGAAAAAGAAGACAAAAUAAGUUCUGAAAGUGUUGGCAGUAAUGUCAAGUGGAAAAUCUCAAAAUUGUGAUAAGAAUAUUACAGCUAUAUUGUCUCAGCGUUAAAGGAUUGCACUAUUAUGGUUUGCGGUGCUCUGUUAUUAUUAUACUUCUAAGAUACCUAAAGAUGCCUUGAAAACUCUUAUGUUASCGUUUAAAGUGCUUAGAAAAGUGAGAUGGUCAAAGAUUCGAAGCAUACAGUACAAUUUAUAGACUUUCGGUAAACUGAAAAUUGCCGCCUCCUGACCCUCGCGGCCCGCAAAGCAUAAUGGUGCACACUGGUCCUUUUWACUACGCGCUCUGGCCAUAAGUCAGUGGAAAAAAACUCGGUCCAUAACUUCCCGUACGGCUAGAGCAAGCGAGGUUAAUAAGAUAUUAAUAGUCAAAGUUUAAUGCAGUGUUAUACACUGAAAUGAUAAAUAAAAACACGCAUAAUAAAGAGUAAUGGAGUGAAGUCAUUAGAAACCGUGAAACAAAACUAUUAAAGUAUGAUAGUGAAAUAGACAAUAGAAAGCGUAAUAAGGCGUAUUAUCUAUUUCACGGUUUAAAUGACUUUAACACUCAUCUAAGAAUUAUUUUUAAAAUAAUUAUUUUUAAUAAUUAUUUUAUUAAAAUAAUCAAAUGAACACAAAAGAAGAACUUUGUAUGUUUAUGAAAUAUAGUGGUCUUCAUUAGCCUGUGAAUAAUGAUUUUCAUCUAAAUUUAAUGAUAAAUAAAGUUUGUAAGAAAAAUAUUAAAACUUGUUAUAAA